ACAUUGAACACGAUGUUCUGGUAAAUGUUGUGGACUUCAUGUGUACAAAUAUCUCAAGCCAGUUGGCACUCUUGGGACAUUUGCCUGGCGGAAUGUGUGUUGCAGUGCUGUAGGAACUGUCCAGUUUUGAAAGGGUCAUUGUGAGAAGAACUUGAGAAACUUUAGGACUUGUGAACACUGUCAUUUGGUCGUGCAUGUCUCUGAGAACCUGACGUUUCUUUUCAAUGGCUGCCUCUGGCUCCUCCACCACAGUGCCUGAAGGAUUUCACUAUGAGACCAAGUAUGUCAUCCUCAGCUACCUCAGCCUGCCCUCGCCAUCAAGAUCAAGACCCUCACAUGCGGCUGAGGGAGAGAGCCAUUCUACACAGGAAGUGGAAAGAGAGCGAAACAGCAGCCUGAAGAAACAGAUUGAAAAUGAAAUGAAGCAGCUGGAAGAGGAAAUUGCAGCCUCUUUUUCCAGGACUGGUUUUGAUCAGCACACAUCCCCAGUGUUCAGUCCAGCCAAUCCAGAGAGCUCGAUAGAGGACAGUCUGGCAGUAUUGGGGGACCGCGUCUCUCGGGACCUGGACACACACCUGUUUUCCGCCACUAAUACGCUUCUGAGCAGUGACUUGAACUUCGAAUGCUUCAGAGCAGCAGUGGACGAGGUUUCCUCUCACGCUCAAGGAGGAUGGAGCAAGGUGUUGGUACCUUUAGUAUUGUUACAAGCCCUGCAGGCCAAGGGUCAAUCGCUAGAAGCUCUGCUCCAGUGUGGUUUGCGUUACCUUGAAGAAUCACAGGCAGACUUCAUCAUUCAGCAGGGAGGAUGGGGCACAGUGUUCAGCCUGGAUGAAGCGGAGGAUCCUGGCGUGAUCAUAGCCGAGGACAGUAACGACAUCUACAUCCUGUCAGGUGAACAGGCCUCAGAUCAGCUCAGCCCUCCUGCUUCACUGCUGACUCUCGGAGACAGUAGUGAACCAGCUUCCUGGCAGACGGAGAGUCUUCCUGUGUCUCUGACGGGACACGAGUCUUGGGCGCAGGUCAGCAUGAUGGACCCAGAAGACGUCAAGAGUCUGGACAGCGCUGAAGGAGUGGCGUUGGCUGAGGAGCAGAGCGAGAACAACUCCUCGAACUCUGACAUAGUGCAUGUGGAGCGUGAAGAUGCUGAGCUGCUGGAAGAAGCUGGAGAGACGGUGGAGGAAGGAGAGCUGCAGAGUAGCGUACUCAGUGUUCUGGGCAGUGAGAGCGAACUCGCUGCUGUCCGAGAACAAGAGUCUGCUGCACCUGAGCUGCUUGCAGAACCAGUGGUGAUGGAGAUCCCUCCCCCUCCUUCUCCUCCUCCUCCUCCUCCUUCAGCAUUGGCAGAGCAAGAGCUCCCGCCUGUCCAUGCUGCUGUUACAGCCUCAAUCCCUGUGCCUGAGCCUGAACUUCAGUCUCAGCCUGUUCCAGCUCCUGUGGAGCCACCUCCAUCAUCCCCACCUGAACCCGAAGCAACCCUGGAGCAAGAGAUUCUUUCAGAGGUUGAGCUGAAGACCUCCUCCCGAUCUCCAGACCUCCCAAUCCCAAGUCCUGCGGAGGUGCAGACCACGUCAGUGCCACAAGCCGAGUCCGCCGAGCUCCCCGUGCUGCUAUAUGGCGGUGCUGCCCUGGUGGCCGUCGCUGCAGUGUUGGCCUUCGGAGCUCUAGCCUACAGGAAGAAGUAGAAAGUCCUUGACUGUCCAUGACCUCGCUGUAUCUCUUGCCCUGUGGUUAACGUGCUGCCACAAGCUGCACUUUAUGGGAAAAUAAGUACUCCUCUUAUUUGUGUCAUACUAGUUUGUUUUCCGUUCUCAUUGCUUUUAUUCUUAGGCGUAGUUCUGGAAACCAGCUUUAUGGCUGGACGGGAACUUGCAGGUGCAGAUUCAGGUUUCUUUCAUGCUGUAUUUGUGAACAUUGGAGUGACCCGUUUCAUGGGCUGCGACUGAGGUUUUGCCUGGAUCCUUAAUAUUAACUAAAGAAACAUCAAGGCUUCUGAAUUAUAAAAAAACAAAGGGAUAGAUCACCCAAAACACAAAAUGAGCUGUUAGUUUAUUCACCUGCAGGACAUUCAGGUUAUAGCUGAUUUUUUUUGUUCUUUAGUUGAUCAUUAGAGAAAGUUUUUAGCAGAAACUAGUUCUUGGUUCUUCAUAAUACACAAGUCAAUGCUACUAGCACUUUAGCAGUCUAAAAAACAUGACAUUCACUGGCAAAAUAAAAUUAAUACUUGCAGCUCCUGAUGAUACAUUGAGGUAUUAUGAAGCAAAACAAUCUAUCUUUGCAAAAUACCUUUAAUCCACAGGCUCAGCAGACAGGUCCAUUCACAAUAUAUGAUAUUGUACAAGCUCAUGUGACUCAUGAACACUCAGAUCUGUCUGCUGACGAUUAAAGUAAUCGUAGUGAAAUAAUAUUCCAUUUCUCACACAGAACAAUCAUGACGUUUGUUAUUUGUUCAUACUAUUUAUUUAAAAAAUAAAAACAUUUUUUGGGGACAACUUAAUUUUUUAAGUUCAAUCGACUUACAUUUGUAAAAACUAAUAAGCUAACUUAAUUCCUUUGUUUUCUCAACACAAAUAGAAUGUGUGGAACCCAAGAUUUUGUUUACAGUCUUUAUCUUCAGAAGCCACUGGUAUUCAUUUGUUUUGCCUGAAUAUGCUUGGUUUUUUUUUUGUCUUAAAGUGUUGUAGCUGCUGCAUAUUAUCAAUCACCACGAACAGUUUCAGCUCAAAAUCGAUUUCAGUAUUCUGUAUUGUAACCUGAGGGUGAAUAAAUUCUAUUUGUUUUAUGUUUGGGGAACUAUCUCUUAUGUUUUUUAUGAGUGAACUGUAUGUAAUUUGAUUUAAUGAAAUAUUGUUUGGUUUUACACUAGUUUGGGUUUGUGCAUAAUUGAUUAUUUAAAAAAAUAAUAAUUAAUUAACAUAGUUUUUAUUUUACAUUCUUAUGUGAUACAAGAGAUGUUUUAGCACAAUGCUUUCUUGGUGUGUGACACAAUCCUCUUACUCCACCCUUUUAUCCAACAGUCAAUCACAUUACAUCAUUAGUUAGACGGCCACUCAAUAAUUAAAUCUCAUUUUCAUUUCAAUAUACUGUAAUUAACCACACAAGAAAUAUUUUCCUUCACCUUUAAAAACUCUCUCUAUUGCACUGGAAAAAUAACAUAUUCACCAUCAUCAGUCACUUGAAGAGUUUAGUUGCGAAACCCUCUAAAUGCCAUCUGAAAAUUUUCCCUAAAAUUAGCAUUUUUAUCAGGCUCAUUUGUGUAUGUUCAGUAAUGUCACUUUUAUGGUAAAGAUUUCUCAACAUAAACAAAGGAGGCUGCGAAAAAGGUUUUAUUUUCGAUGGAAAUUUCAGACGGCACUUCAAGGUUUUUGCAUCUAAGCUCUUCGCUCAUUCGUAUCUACGUCAGUGCAAUGCAUAGAUGUAUAUAUAUCUAUGAGUGCAAUGAAAUUUCGACACUCCAAAACAUUAAAAACACAUUUUCAUCUCAUUAGUUGUAUCAUUAGAUACUCAAAAUCCAUGAUUUACAAUAUUAUAGCUAAAAACCAUUUAGCCAAAAACACAGAAAGGUCCAAUUCCUCAUUCAUUCCUCCUGGUGUGAGUGAUUUUAAUUUCUGAAUCCAGAACGCUUCUCUAGUUGUUUAAAGUCAGGUCUGUUUUGUAUCACCUAAGAAUGUAAAAUAAAAACUAUACAAAGUAAUUAUUUAAUGAGUGCGAUAACCUUCUGAAUAAUAUUAUUGACAAGAUUACACACCGAAAAAAUGAAAAAAGAAAAAAAAACUGCGAGUGAGCAGUGAAAUUUAAUUUCUGAAUAUUUUACCUCAGAAACUAAAUAUUGAGGUGCAGAACUUUACAGGCCAGAAUCAGAUGGAUUGCAUAAGUGAUAUUCAUCUUACUAAAUCAGUAUUUCUACAGUCAAAAUUAAAGUCUCAACGCAAUAUUAAUUGCUUAAUAAACCGUCUGUUAUUCAUAUUAACAAUAUUUACUGUAAAAAUAGAACAAGUUGCUUAUAUGAAUGCUUUUGUUUGAAUUCCCCUUUUUAAAAAGACUAAAAAGGAAGCCUGGGUCACAGCCUGUCGGAAAACCCCAUCUCUAUUAAUAUGUUCAAGGGAUUGUCGAUGCUAAUUGUACAGAAAUCUGCUAUAAUGUGAACAUUUAUCCUGUUGAGGUUGAAAAACUUUUUAUUUUUUAGCAUUCUUGUAAAGAAAUCAAUAUUACACCAGCACAAUCAACAGAGCACAUGACCGAAUUUAUCUCGGCAUCAGGAAUCAGAACAUCACACUAGACAGGAGAAAGUCAUAUUUAGUUUUCUAAUAUGAUAUUUCUAAGCGAGCGUUUUCUAAUUCUGGGUCGAUAGUCGUUUCAAUAAAGUGACAAUAUUAUAAAACAUGAAAUGGUUGGGUUUUAAACCUGCACGUUUUCCGGAACAACCGAAUGGGUUUUGUAAUUUUUAGAAUAGAAAAUGAUUUGCUGUGUUAGAAAAUAUGAAUCUGUCUUUUCCAAUCAAGUGCUGACUUCAGGUUUGGGGGACCAGAAUGUCUCUUCAAUGUCUUCUGAGCUACAGAUGAGUCAUUUAGUUCUCUUUGUCCCCUAACAUAAAGUAUUGUCGAUCUUCAGCCUCUUACCAUGUGCUGUUGUUUGUCUCUGUACAGCACAGCCUUGCCACUCUGCUUUCCCCUGUUGUGUGCCUAUCCAAAAAAAAAAAAACAGGCAGAAGCAGAAGUCACGUCUACAGGCAGGAGACACCUGUGUUGUCAGUGGUUUGCAAUCUCACGGCAAAGUGAUUUUGUAUCAAUAGAUGGACAAAAGCUGUGAAUUAAAACUUUAUUCCAUCAAGAGUGAAACUGUUGAUUUGUGUUUUGAUUUAGGUCUGAGUUUUUAUGAUUAGUUUCUGCUUUUAUUAAACUUACAGUGCCGCUUCC